AUGGCUGAUGGAGUGCCAAAGCAGUAUGCAAAGGUUUCAGAUCAUCUUAAGAGCAGAAGCACAUUUUCAUUGUUGGAAUAUUUGAUUUCCAUUGGAUAUUCUGAGGAGAGAGCGCUGAAGGCUUUGGCAGCAACAGGAAGAAGAUCAUCACAAGAAGCAUCUGAAUGGUUAGUUGCUCAUCAAAAUGACCCCACCUUGGAUGACCCAAUUCCUCAAGAGUUCAUCCUGUACCUCUGUCCUUCUGGACCAUUGGCAGAGUCACUGUCAGAAUUCUGGAAGCAAAGCAAGAAGCAAGGUGCUCGAAACAGAGCUCAUGAUGUCUUUCCACACAUAACACUUAGUGAUUUUUUUACAUGUGAAGACAGCAAAGUAGAAGCCUUGUAUGAAGCCUUAAAGAAAACCGGUGAUAUGUUUUUGGCUUAUUUCCCUCAGCCUCUUUCUCUGUUACUGCAUUCCUCCAGCAGCUACAUUGGUUUCUUUUUAGAGGAAAGUGAAGCAAAUAUUAUUAAGCAGUUUGCAGUAGCAUUUGCAAAGGAAGCUGUUCAGCUGGCAGAGUGCCAAAUAAAACCAUCUACCAAGCAAAUUCAUCUCACAAUGGCUCACAAGUUUCAUCCACUCAACCAGAAAUUACUGGAAAACCUUGCUGGCUCAGUGAACCCCAAACUCCAGUGCCAGUGGAUGGCUGCACUUUAUUCUAGAGACAUGCGAUUUGUACACUAUCAGACUCUACGAGCAGUGUUUCCUUACGAUCCACAAAAUGCUGAUGAACUGGAAAUGAAAGUUGGAGAUUAUAUUUUUGUUGAUCCAGCAGAGCAAAUUCAAGCUAGUGAAGGCUGGUUUUUUGGAAUCUCCCAUCGGACAGGCUGCAGAGGUUUCAGUCCUGAAAACUACUCAGAGAAAGUUAAUGGGUCUGAUACAUGGGUUCUACACAGGACAUAUACAUUCUCUAAAACUUACCAAGAGCAGCAAAAUGGUAUUCAGCAAAGAUCUAAAGAAGCACAUAGUGAGGACAGAGAAGGCAGCCAUUCACCAUCUGUAAUGAGCUUCACCAAACUUUUAUCGGGACAGCUGCUCCAAGAAGUUCCAUCAAGAAGGCUUUUAUUAGUCGUACGAUAUGGUGAAAGGAUAGAUCAAGUUUUUGGAAAGUCAUGGCUAAAACUAUGCAUAAAUAUCAAUGGGAAAUAUCUCAGGGCAGAUUUAAAUUUUCCUCCCAAACUGCCAAGGAGAACUACUGGUGCAAAAGAUUAUGAAAAGGAUCCUCCUCUAACAUGUUGUGGCCAGUUCCAAUCCAGGUUAACAGGUGAAGCACUGAGAGAAAAAGGAAUAGUUUUCAGUCGUGUGUAUUCAUCUCCUGCACUAUGCUGCAUAGAGACUGCUCAUCACAUUUUGGAAGGUCUAAACAUCAGUCAGAAACCUAAGAUUUGUAUAGAACCUGGACUGUUUGAAUGGACAAAAUGGGAGGGAAGUAAAGGUAUUCCCAACUUCAUGUCACUAAUGGAGCUAAAAGAAGCCAACUACAAUGUGGAUACUUCUUACAGCUGUAGCUUUCCAUUGCCAAAUCUGGUGACAUCAGAAGGCUAUGAGGACUUUAUAAACAGAAGUUCAACUACCGUAAAGGAAAUCGUUAAUGCUUCCAGGAGUGAAGGUGAUAGUAUUUUAGUCAUUGGUCAUUCCUCAGGUCUUGAUUCUUUCACUCGACCAGUGGUGAGCCUCCCACCUAAGGAUUCCAAGGACUUUGCUGACAUGGUUAGAAAGAUUCCUGCACUUGGAAUGUGCUGCUGUGAAGAAAUUAAAGAAGAAAGCAGAUGGCAAAUGAUCAUUCCUCCAAUUCCAACACUGACACAUGGACCUAAUGCAGCUUUUAACUGGAAAGAAACAAUAUUAAGAUAAUUUUCAUCCUAACAGUUUUAAAUGGUAGUUUUUUUACGAAAAGAAGACUAUGAUUAACAGUAAAUGGUGCACCCCAUACCUCUCAACUACAUAGAUUUUUGCACAUUGUUCAGAUUUUUGCCUCAUUAUUUUUGGUCCAUUUUUCA